UUUUUGCGGAAUAUAACACGAGUGGUAUCUAUUUAAAAAUCAUCUUGCGAAAUAAUUCAACGGUUUUCUAAAAACAAAAGCUGUGUGUUUCAGUUUCAGUAUGACCAUCUACGUUGAUAUUAUUAAAAACAGUAUACAUAUAUAUCAAUGGUGCGUCAGCCUACAUAAAAAAUGAACGCUCGCAAUUUAACUGUGCUGUGGACCAUUGAAAUUAAAAUAAUUACAGUGUAACUUUAUGAACUAAUAAAUUAAAGCGAUAUCAUGUGUUUCUAAGAAAUUAUCCAGUUGAAGUUUUAAUUACUCGGCUUGUGGAAGCUAAAAUGGUGGACAGAGAUGAAAACACAGGGCCAUUGUCGUUUGCCGAUGUCGGAAUUCCCGCCCCGAAAAAUACCAAAAACACAUGCUUUGGAAAGAUUCGAAGCUGGCAGAGUCUAACCAAGCUCGAGACAGCCUUCCUCGUGACAUCACUGACCGGCAUUGUUUGCUUCAUUGUUUUCACGUGCAUCAGGAUCGCGAAUAUGCCCAGAGACGACCCCGAUUUCACAUUUGCCAUACUCGUGCUAGUAAACGCAGUGAUAUGUCUGUACUACGCGGUGAAUGGUAUCAUGUACGAACGUCCAUGCGAGCUGAUCUUACUCGUCCUGGCUACGAUAACGAUCUGGAUCUACCUGGUGCUCAACUAUGCCAUCAGUGUCCGAACUGACAUCAAACUCGCCCGGAUGGUAGUGACCUCAGUUCUGGGACCCGCUUUGAUCGCCAUGGGCGUGUACAUAUGUCGGCAUUACAUGCUCUCCAAAAAUCUCAUCUUCCGGACAGUGGGUGCAAACGCGGACCUCCAGAAAAUGUGCAACACUAUGUUCAUCUUCAUCGAUCUUCUGAAAGCGGAUCUACAGAUAUCUGUUUCCAUGGCGAUCCUAGUCAUGAACGACGGCACCAAACUCAACUUGGAGGACAAGAUUCUACUUCCGGUAGUACUGGUGGUCAGUUCCGGCACGUUCGCCGCCGGCUAUUGCAGCGUGAGGCUCGAGUCACGGUUAUCGGCCUUGUUCUUCGUUAUUCUGUGGUUUGUUCUGCCGGCCUACGCCAUGUAUCUUGUUGUCAAGGCGGGACAAGACCUCCAAGAUACGUCACACGACUCAAAAACGGAGAUAGGUCUGUAUGCAGUGUUGUUUGUGACGGCAGCAAUUGCGUUGGUAUUGCGUAUGGCGACAUUGUUCUUCGGCGUAAAAGUGUACAAACAUUUCGGGAAAGGUUUAGCAAAAAAAGUGUUUGGAGACCCGACUCAAUCUACGACCAGCUCGGUUACCGAACAAGAACCGAAUAUUAACGGAUCGGCGUGACGACCCUAAAGGAGAUAAGUGUGAACGAUUGAGCGCCAACUGACUGUACAUAAAAUACGAACAUGUAGCGCAUAUAGAAGCCUCGAUGUAGGAAAACUGGUCUUUAUAAAUGUGGGUAAAAUCAAGUCCCAGAUCAACCUGUACAUUCGUGCAGGCUAGUUAAGGACGUCACUGCCAGCCUAGACUGGACUUUCGCUAUAAAGAGACUUCCUUUGAUCGAACAAUCCAUGAAAACGGAAAGUGUCGUCUUUGACGUCCAUCCCAUAGGCUUAUCUGGGACGACACUUUACGCACACAUAUAAACACAUAUAAACCACCAUUUUCACAGACAAACAACUGGACUCGUUCCAGAACCGGCGUUGCAGUUCAGUAUGAGAUCGAAUAGAUCAUGAACAUACAGUGGCGUGUUUUAUUAGAUAUGCACCGGUAAACGAGGCAUACAAGUAUAAGUUAUGUUUGAACUAUGUCAUUGGCGUCGCACUGAAGUGCGGUGACUCGUAUGUAAUACGUUUUUUUUCGCUUAUGGGAGGAGAAGUUAUUUUACGGAUCAAUGUAUAUAUUUUUGUUGUCAGAAUAUCUUGCAUAGUGGUGAUUUUUGUGUGUAAAUUAGUGUAAAUAAGUACUGCAUUUGUGCCUAUUACAUUUACUUCAACAUUUAUUGCUAAUAAUGCAAAGCUAAUUCUUUUACUUAAUAACUGAUCAGUGGUGCUCUGUGAAAAGGGGUUUUACUGUUUGUGCGUAAAGUGUCGUCCCAGAUUAGCCUGUGCAGUCCGCAUAUGCUAAUCUGGGACGACACUUUUCGCCUUAACUGGAUUUUUGAUAAGAAGAGACAUUCUUUAAACGAAAAAUAUCAUAAAAGCGGAAAGUUUCGUCCCUGAUUAGCCUGUGCCGACUAAACAGGCUAAUCUGGAACGACACUUUACGCACAUGCAGUAAACCCCCUUUUUAAAGAAUACGGCAAAUAUGUUUUUACUGACUCAUAGCCCAUAAAAUAAGGAAAUAGUUAGGUCAAGACGGAGCUGUAUCUAAAACUGCUACAUCGUGUUAAGUUUAUCAAAAAUAUUUUAUAUGCAUAAUUCAUCACAAAUCCAUUUAUAUUUUUAACAAAUAAAUAUUAUUCGUCGUGCACAGUUUGGCGUUAGGAAACAUGUUUCAUGUAAUGCAUCUUAUACACACAUGGUUGAAAGAAACAUAUACAGUACUGGUAAAUUGGUUGUUUUGGUGGUUUGAUACUUAAGAAUGGACUUUGACUGUACGUUGACCAUGUCAUUUUUCUCGGGAAACAAAAACAGUAUUUUUUCAACGUUCACUUAAUAUGUUUACUUCUUACUAAACUCGCAAGAAACAUUUUGUUAACAUUGUAAACAAACAAUGAUACGUAUCUAAACAAUCAACAUGGAUCAAUUCUUGUUCCAAAACUAUUCAUAUUAUACAUAAUCGACAUCUAUACAAAAACGUUUGUUAUUUGGUGCCAUCAUAUAUGCAUUAUCUGUAUAAAAAAAACGAACCGCACAGUUAACGGUCAGUUAUACGCAACGAUUAAAUACUGCAACAAAACCACGAACAGUUAA